CUGUGCCCCUGUGCUACAUGCAUGGGGGAGAGCGUCCGGACAGAGCAUCCACGACAUGCCCCUAUGCUACAUGCAUAGGGGAGAGCGUCCGGACGUAGAGCAUCCGCGACAUACCCCUGUGCUACGGGAGAGC